UCCAAGUGGCACAGGACACGUGACAAGUGGCACAGGACACGUGACAAGUGGCACAGGACACGCUACGGCAGGACAGGAGUGAGUUUCCCGGCACAACAGCGGACACAGGAGCCGUCAUGGCGGACACGGAGAAGACGAAGAAGAAGGUGUAUGACUUCAUCGUGGUCGGGGCUGGCGUGCAAGGAUCCUUCACUGCUUACCAGCUGGCCAAAAAGAAGAAGAAAACUCUUCUAAUUGAGCAGUUCACUCUACCUCACACUAGAGGAAGCUCCCAUGGGCAAACCCGCAUGAUUCGCAAGGCGUACGAGCAGGACUUGUACACUCACAUGAUGGAUGAAGGCUAUGGACUGUGGGCCACACUGGAGAGGGAGGCUGGAGUCACACUGUACAGGCGAACAGGACUUCUGGUGAUGGGACCAGAGAAGAGUCAGAGCUACAUUGGCUUUAAGAACAGCUUGGAGAAGAACCAGAUCCCUAUGGUGGUCUUGACUCCAGACAACUUCCAUCAACACAUACCUAAUGUUGUCCUGGCUGACGGAGAUGGAGCUUUUGUGGACACCACUGCUGGGAUCUUAUAUGCAGACCGGGCCCUCAAGGUGGUGCAGGGCCAGUUUGAGAAGUUGGGUGGUGUCCUCAAAGACCAAGAGAAGGUGACAGACAUCAAGCCUGGCCCAAUGGUGACCGUGACAACGUCUGCUGGUGUUUAUCAAGCCAAGGGUGUUGUCAUUACUGCUGGACCUUGGGCUAAUAAAGUGCUGCUCCACACUGGCAUACAGCUUCCACUUCAGGUUGUUAAAAUUAAUGUAUGCUAUUGGAAAGAAAAGGUAGAGGACACAUACCAUGUGAAGAAGCGCUUCCCGUGCUUCUUGCUGUGUGAGGGAGAGGAGGCCAAAGACCACAUCUAUGGACUGCCUUCCAAUGAAUACCCCGGUCUGAUGAAGAUUUGCUACCAUAGCGGCAGUCAGACAGACCCUGACCAGAGAGACAAGCAGACAGACAAGUCUGAUAUUGACAUUCUUCGGCGCUACAUCACCAAACAUCUCCCUGGCCUCAUCCCUGAGCCUGCUGUGGUGGAGAGCUGCAUGUAUACGGUAACACCCGAUCAUCAUUUUGUGCUGGACUGCCACCCUGCUUACGACAAUAUUGUAAUUGGUGCAGGAUUCUCAGGUCAUGGCUUCAAGUUUGGACCCAUCAUUGGCAAGCUGCUCUGUGAACUUAGCCUGGGAGAGGUGCCCUCCUAUGACCUUUCACCUUUCCGAAUCGCACGCUUCCAGACAAUCAUCAAGUCACCCUUGUAGAAAGGACUGUCAUUUAUAUGUCAUGUGAUCAUCAAUGUCAUCUGAGAGAUAGCAACUUAGAUUGUCAAACAUCAACCAUGGAAGACUUCUUUGGAAGGCUCAUCUUUCCAAAGAUUGAAAUGUUAGUGAAAUGAAUGAAUGACGAUGAUUUAGGAUGUGAAUGGGUGAAGGAAGAGAAGUUUCAUUCAGAUGCACUUGUUAAAAGAAGAUGAAAGACUUCUCCAUCAAGUUGACAUUGUGCUUCACUCUCAUUCACUGCAGUCAACUCUUUCAAGUUGGUUGAUUUUUUUCCACCACAAUCAACUCCAUUCUUGAUUAGAGAUGGCAAUUAAUACCAGUUUUACGGUUCGGAUUCCACUUUCAAUUCUGCUGAACGCUUGGGUUCCCUUUAGCUGUUCUUCUAGAUUCUUUGGACAAAAAGGGGAAGAAAAAGGUGUGUUUGCAUCAAUGUUGGUUAGUUUCCUUCCACAGGAGGUCCUACAAGGCACAGCAUCGUAAAAAUAACUUGAAAGUAAAUAUAACAAUUCUUCUGUAGAAUUGAAUGAAUGGAUGAAUAAAGUACUUCUGAUUCUGAUUUAGAUCCGGCGUGGUUUGUGCAGCCCUUUGAGACAUUUGUGAUGAAAGGCUAUAGAAGUCAACCUUGAAUUGAACAAAAUAAAACAUCAUUUUGUUUUGCCA